ACGGUCCGGUCCGCUUUACUUUCACGGACCCAGACAGAGAAGGACUCCCCAGCGGGUCUUUUUUAAGCAGAGGUAGGCUGUCUUUCCGCACCCACCCUUUAUAGAAUCGCAGUCAAUUCAAUACUUUUCAUCAAUUUGACUCCAUUUAGAUAGAUAAUUGACAUUAUCGGUAUUUUCCUACACGAACACUUCCAAAGGCAAAUCCAAAAAGUGUUUUAUGUUCGUUUUAGACUGCAAGAAUGUAAAAAACAAAACGGAUCCAGCCAGUUGCUUGGACGCUUGCAUUUCUAGAAAAAUGUAAUAAUGAAUGCAUGACGUGCCGCUGACGUGGUGAUCAUACCAAAUGAGAUCCACUUAUGUUUCCGGUGUAACUUUGACUUGAGCAGAAGGAACGUGAGCCCAGUCGUCAGCACCUUGGACAGCGAAUCAGCGCGAGAAGGGCGCUCCCAAGUCCGGGCGUCCAGAGGCGUGACGACUGUGGAUAUGCGCUUGCCCCCCCGCCCGACCGACCGACGCAUCAUCAUGGGCUGGCUGCAGCGGGCUUGAGUUCACUUCAUGAGCAAUGACAGCUGAGAUCUGCCCUUGAAGGCAACACUUACAUUCAGCAUGAAGGCUGCUGCACACGAGACUCAGCGAGUAGGAGAAGACUCCAUGGCGAAACUUACGGAGGACUGAAUCUUCUGCAAAGCGCAAUCACAGUUGCCUUUCCAAAUUCCAUAGUCUUUCUUUUUUUUUUUGGGUGGGGGGUUUUGCUCCGCGCACCAUGGGGAUAAGGCACCUUCUGUUACUUCUCAUUUAUCUGGAUCCACUGAGCGUGUUGAGUGCGGCCACGGGUGGGAAAAAACCCAAGCAGACGACACGGAAGGUUCCCAAAGCCACAGCGGCGCCGACGGUGGGCGCGCAGCCCAAGACGCCGCCGCCCGCUCCGGCCAGCAACCACGACACCUGCCUCGGUUACUACGACGUCAGCGGGCAGUAUGACAAAAUGUUCGAAUGCAACAACACGGACCAUCGCUACUGCUGCGGGACUUGCUACCUGCGCUUCUGCUGCGAGUACAAGAAAGACAGACUGGAUCAAAAAGCGUGCAAUAACUACCAAACGCCGGUGUGGGUGCAGACAGCCGCUCCGUCUCCAGUGCCGACGGGGGAGACUUUUGAGGGCAUGGACCAGACCAACACGGCGGUCUACAUCACCUGUGGGAUCAUAGCCUUCAUCAUAGUCAUGGGAGUGUCUGCCAAAGUUGCUUAUGACAAAGCCACAGAGCCGCCACAAGAAAUGAAUAUACACAGGGCCCUUGCUGACAUUUUGAGACAACAGGGGCCCAUCCCCAUCUCUCAAUACGACUGUGAGAACUUUGCGGCGAUGAACAGCUCGUCCAAAGACAACACACCUGUGAGAACCUCAUCCAAGAACCACUACACUCCUGUUCACGCCUCGAAAUCCAACCACGGUCAUUAUGGGAAGGAGAGUGUGCGGAGUAGUGGCGGCGGCGGCGCAGACCUUCAAAACUUCAUCUCCUCUGGCUUUGUGACAUUGGGGCGAGGUCCUCAGAAAGGAGAAAAACAUUGGCCCGUCCGCUCCCAGAGUCACCAUGGUACCCAUCAGCACAACUAUAACCAUGUGGCUCUAGGUAGCCCCAUACGCACACCUAAGAAUGCUCACCGAUCAUUGAGGCGUGACAACAAUCGGAUAAGUGGCAUCCUGACCUCGCAGACGGAGCCCUACGACCUGUCUUUUUCACGCUCCUUCCAGAGUCUGUCCCACCUGCCGCCCUCCUACGAGGCGGCCAUCAAAGCCGACCUCAGCCGCUUCUCGUCUUUGAAGAAACUGACGGAUAAAGACGUUGAGGACUACUACACUCGGAAGAGACACCUGCCUGACCUGGCAGCAAGAGGCACUCUUCCCUUGCAUGUUCUCAAAAUCACUCAAGACCAGCAUCGGGAACAACAGCAGCUUCAGAGUCAGGUUCCACAGUCUUCCAUCAUGCAGGCAACUCCCCAGUCACAGUCCUCUCAACAGCAGUCCCAGCAACGACAAAGGCCCCGACGAGUCCAGAGAGCCAUGUCCCAAGAUCGGGUCCUCUCCCCACAGAGAGUCCCACAACAGGAUUACAACACAUCCUCGAACGGGAUGUCCCCUUACGGAGGCCGGAUUCUGUCGGACGAGCAGCUGCUGUCUGCCGAACGUCUUCGAUCCCAGGAGCGCCUUCUUCCGCAGGACCGCCAUACUUCCCAAGACCGCCUGUACACCAAAGACCGCAUGUACUCCAAGGACCGACUUCUCUCCCAGGAACACCUCUAUUCAAAAGACCGCCACUACUCUCAAGAACGACUCUACUCACAAGAUCGCCUGUACUCACAAGACCGCCUUCUAUCCCAGGAUCCUCUGCUCUCGCCGGACAAGCUGAUGUUGUCGCUGAAGCGUGGCAUGGUCAGCAGUAUCUCCGGUGAGUUUUACGGAAGCGACAAGUCCAUGUCACGUGCUAUCUCGCACACAGACGUCUUCAUACCCACCACGCCUCUUAUGGAUCGCUACAAGAUGACCAAAAUGCACUCCCAUCCCAGUGCCUCGAACAACGGCGGCGCCGGAACUCCGGCGGCGGCGGCGGCGGCCCCACACUCCAACACUUUAGCAAUGAACCAGACUGUAUCCAAGCGGCAGGCGUUUGCCGCCAGACGGACUCACACUGUGGAGCAGCUCCACUACGCCCCGCAGCAUCACCAGCAGCAGCAGCAGCAGCAGCAGCAGCAACAGCAGCAGCAACAGCAACAUCCACAGCACUACCGCACAGGAAGCAAGACUGAGGUGACUGUGUAAUGGCAACCAAGGAGUGCCUGAACUGCACAGACAAAAACACAACUGGCCUUGGUCGGCUGGUGUGCUCACUACUCUCUUAGACUUCACUUUACUUUGACCCAUGUUCCAGGACCAAGAACAUUCACUAGCUUAAUGUGAGAGACCGGUAAAACGAGCUACACUGUACACUGCAUUCAGAGUAUUUUAAUUUGGCAAAAUUCUCACUUUCAUAUGCCGAAUACUAUAGCUCCCUCCAUCUUCAUUCUCUUAUCCAUGUACAGGCCCUGGCCUCAUUCUCAAGUCUCGACUGACCCUCUUUGUCCAGCCAAUCGACAAGAUCUAUGAACAUUUGGGGCAAAUUACAAAGGGCUUUGCACAGUGAAACCCACGGGCCAAAUUCCUCCUUGAUUUCUGAUGUACAACACAGAUGAUGAGCUUGGAUGAACCUGUAAUAACCUUAUAAAUAUAUAAAUAAAUCAAACAAUGUGCACCCUGUCCUACUCAUAAGUGAAAAGCAUCUGAAAGUUGCACUUUCAGGUGCCUCUAACAGAUGUUCCAUUUCCAAAAUUGAAGUGGUUAUGUGGGUUACAAAGCACAAUCAUGAUAGAAUAAUAAUUAUAUUAUUUCAGAGUUUUUAGUGAUGGCUAGCAUUGUUUUGCAAGUGAACCAUGACAAUGAUACAUUUUGGUUUCUUUUGCUUCAAGUAGAUGAUUGUAAAUAAGCUAUAAUAUAAACAUUAUCCUGGAUAGAUCUGAACUGAAUGGACUUCGUAUUAGAGUGUCUGUUUUCAAUGGAUUCUUAAAAAGAACGACUAAAAAUGAUCACUGUUUUGUGAGUUCAGAUUAGAAACCCACUUCAACAAGUAUUUGACAGGAAAAAAAAUACUAUAUUGUGUGUGUCUUUGCAAAACUGUUUGUAGGGAGAAAGGAACGACUGUGUGACGAUUAAAACAAAAUACAAAAAACACUGUUCAUACUUGGAUGUGUACCGUGUUGCAUUGACAUCACCGAUGUUGAACAUUAUGAAAAUGGAUUAGAAUGCUCAUAGGGACAAAUAAACAUUCAUAUUUUUUUAAACAUUCAA